AUGAACAAGCAGCACGACAACGAGAAAGACAUCCGCUCCGUGGCGGAGAAGUUGGCCCAGUUUGACCUGCAGGAGCUGCGGGAGCUCAGCGCCAACGCGCUGCAGAUGAGAGACGAGGUCAUGAACUGCAUCAACCGCCUGAACGUCUUAGACAGCCAAUGGCUUCGGGACAAGGAGGAGUUGCGGGAAAUCGUGGAAAGAACGAACCAGGACCUGAAAGACCUGCAGAAGUACAUCAUGGGAAAGAUUGACGUUGGCAUUGAAGCGGAUGCCGACCUGCGACGAGAUCAGCAGAUUCUGAACGAGCGCAUGCAGCUCAUUGCGGACGACCUCCGCCUGUUAAUGGAAGAGCACCAACGGUUGGCGAAUCGCACCCUGGGUGUGGUAGAGGAGAACGAAGAAAUGCGGACACUCCUCGGCCAGGUGCGGGAAGACAACGAGCACCUGCGGCAUGACAACUUCCAGGUUAGCACGCGGGUUCUCAGCCUGGAGGGUGCAGCAAGCGAAAAGUGGCAAGAGUUUACGCCAGCUGUGCUGUACUUCCGGAACUGGCACCGGACUGCGAAGGGCGACGACGUGCAGCUCUCUGCAGAUCUGUCCAUCGCAGUAGGCCGUGGCUUCCUGGCAGCUACGGGCGUUGUCAUCGGAAACACAGAGGGCCUCGCGGUAGGUGAUGGUCCUUGCAGACAUUUCGGCACGCCUGGUUGCUUCUCCUCGUACUACGAGUUGGAGAUGGAUGAAGUCACUGCAGCACCUGCUGGCGCCGGUGGACUCUUCGUAGGUGUUUCUCUGCAAAGCGGUGAGGAGAUUACCAACCAUCCUCGAAAAGAGUUCGACGGCUGGUUGAUUGGAGGUAGUGGAAAGGCGUUGACUAUUCGGGCCAGCUGCGCAGCUGAGCCAAUCGACGCAGAAAAGUUGCCAGACACCUUUGCACCAACCAGCGACGAGCGCAGCCUACGCGAUGCUCGGAAGGCCCUGAAGCUUUUGAGGGCGGCGCUGCCCCCCUUGGCCAAGGGCAAAGUCGAGGAGGACCACGAUUCGGAACAGUUUGUCCAGUAUGACAGUGUGGUUUCAAAAGCAGCAGGUGACGGCCUCGACUUUCAAAGUACUGCCCAGAAGCUCUUGGACGCAGGAGGUGUUGGGGCGCUGUACAAGGGGACUGAUGCCACCAUCCUGGCAACUGGCGUCAUGGGCUUCGCAAGCUUCGGGCUGAACGAGCUGUUCAGGCGAAGUUUGGAGAAAAUGAACGGUGACGCGACCGGCGAGCCCAGCGCUCUCUUGGUGCUUGCUGCGUCGAUUGCGGCAGUGUUUGUCUCAGGCAUUAUCGCUGCUCCCUUUGAAACUCUGCGAGUGCGCGUGAUGGCCCCAACGGAGGGUCGCUCAUGGGGAGAGCUAGCCACCGAAGCUGUGAGCAAAGGCUUCUCAGAGCUUUGGGCGGGUUUGUGGCCUUUUUGGGCCAGGGAAAUCCCUUUUUCCGCAUGCAAAUUUCUCGUCUUUGACCUCGCGUCUCGUGCACUCUUCAGCCUUUUCCCGGCUGCCGCGGAUGCGGCGUCGCUGGAGAUCUCGGCGGUUGCUGGUGCCAUUGCGGGCCUCUGCUCAGCGGUGGUCUCUAAUCCCGCAGACGUCAUAAUCACACAGAUCUCGUUUUCAAGCGGCGGCGAUACAUCAGGUCGCAGGUCUCUCAGCACUUUGAACCUCUGGAAAGGCCUCGGCGCUCGUAGCGUUUACUUUGCGGCGGCCAUCUGUGCGCAGUUCCUACUCUACGACUCCGUGAAGGAGUUGUUGGGCGUUGGUUCUGGAGACCUCCAGCUGGUCCUCGAUGUCUUUGGCAUUUCGCGAACUGCAGAGAGCCUUCUAGGUUGA